AUGGCUGAGAGUCUUUGCUUUGCACUUUUGCGUACGACUACGCUUCAAAUACUACAGUCGGCAGGAUUCGAAUCGUCACACCUCACGUCUGCCGAUGUAUUGACUGAUGUUUUUAGUCGCUACCUUGAAUUGCUAGGUCAGACUACUGCUGAGUUAGCAGAACAUUCUGGCCGAGUCAAGGCAAACGCUCUGGACACCUCAACCACUUUCUCAGAGCUUCAUAUAGACAUCGGAUCUCUCAGAGAUUGGCUUGAAAUUGGCGAUGGAAAAGUCCUUUUACCUUCAUGGAGCAAUGGCAAUGAUCCUGGCCAAGUUUUAAACGGUAUAUCAUCAAUGACAAAGCGUGAUUUUACUGCUGAAGUGAGAAGCUUGCUAAUGUAUUCAUCUAUAGAUGUAAUACGAAGUGGUUGUCAAAUUGUAGAUCCGGACGAUACUAUUGAGUACGAAUAUCAAGAAGUUCCGGAAGACAUCGACACCCUAUUAAGCGAUGACGACGCGUUCACAGAGAGCAGCGAAGAAGAGUUUGAAGAAGACGACGUCGACGAAACCAACGCCGCAGAAUUACACAACGGCGUAGAAUAUGGAAACCACCAAUCUAAUUAUAUUCCUAAUCACCUCCCACCACUCCCAAUACAGUCCUUAGACGAUGAUAAUGUAUCUGCUCCUCAAGUUGAACAGCCGAGUUCAUCGACAGCACAAAAGCAAGAUUCACAAGCUCCAAAACCUUUGAACGCUAUACUUUUGAAGACUGGGAAAAGAAAGGCACCUAAAGAACCUUACAGACACAAAAUACCCUUUGAAGACUCUUAUCUUGGAAAUCUAGAUAUUAGAGGCGCCGAAGACAGCACGAUGCAGGACAUCCAAGCGUCAUCAUUAGAAGAUAAUCAUAAGAUGGUACCGUUUGAUAAAUUAUCGAAAUAUGUGGAGAAGAAAAAGGACGCUGGGGUGCAGGCAACCAAGCGACACAAGAGUUGGGCCAAUUCCGAGCAUUUCGCAGAAAACAUAAAUCCCAACCGUAUGUUGAUGUUCUCCGACGAAUUAGUCAGUACGGCACCACCGAGUAUUCUGGAGAAGAUAAUAACUAAAGUAGCGCCUUCUGCUGCUGUAUCAAAACUUUCAGCACCCAAUUUAUGGACCGACGUGAUUGCAAGUGGGUCCAGCUUACCUGAGGAUGCCAUAUCAAAGCCGACAGUCGAUGUACCCGAAAUACCUACCCCUGUGAUCGAAAAGCCUGCACCCGCACCUGUAGUCGUCAAAAGAGCAAAAAGCAACUCAAUAUCAUCGGCAGGCACUACUGUUGUUCACCCACCGAAGAAGCAUGAGCCAGUGCGGACCGCCGCCCCAACGUCGCUUGCAGCAUUGGCGGCGUCUGAUUCUACCCCUGCUGCACCGAAGAAGAGUGGUUUGACUGUCAACUUAUCGCUAAACACUUUGGGAACACAUAACCAACCAGCCCCAUCCUCUGCGGCAGCACCUUCCUCCAGCGACUCUAGCACUCCUAAGAUUCGAUUCAAGCUCAAACUUCCUACAGUGGUAGAAUCAGCACCGCCGCCUGUGGAAGUUUCAGGUGGAGAUACUGAGGUCAUCAACUGUAUUUGCGACAAUCCACAUGUCGACUAUGGAACGUUUAUGAUAGCAUGCGACAAUUGUAGUGAAUGGUUCCAUGGAGAUUGUGUCGGUAUACGAGAAAGUGACCAAGUUGCUGAGUGGUAUUGUAUGCGAUGUCGACCAAGACAUUGA